AUGAGUCAACAAACGCUUGAAGCUAUUGUAUAUGAUAAGAAUCUGGAUUCUUUGAAAAUCUUGGAUCAACUAAUUCUUCCAUACAAGACUCAUUACAUCGAUAUCGAAUCCAUAGACGAUGCUUUCCAGGCUAUCAAACUAAUGCAAGUCAGAGGAGCUCCAGCCAUUGCCAUUGUGGGAGCUUUUGCCGUUGCUGUUGAUGUUCAAAGAUCCCUCCAGGCGAACGAGAAACGCACUGUGGCUGAAUUGGUUACCAAAAUUGACUAUUUGGUGACCUCCAGACCUACUGCAGUGAAUCUUUCGAAUGCUUUGAACGAAAUCAAGCAAUUGCUCAGAAGUAGUUUCAAAGACAGCGAAGUUGUCAAUGAGGCUGUCUUUGACGUUAUCAAGAAGUACUCUGUUGCUUUGCAUGAGGGUGACUUGGACAACAACUACAAGAUCGGUGAUAACGGUGUGAAGUACAUUACAGAGACUUUAAAAAAGCAGAACUUCCAGGGCCCCUUCUCAAUUGUGACGGUCUGCAACACCGGAUCUUUGGCAACCUCGGGCCACGGAACUGCUUUGGGAAUUAUCAGAUCAGUACACGCUCAAUUGACCAAGGAAGCUGGUAAUGACUUCUGGUUCGAGCAUGCUUACCCUUUGGAGACUAGGCCGUACAACCAAGGUGCCAGAUUGACCACCUACGAGCUUGACUACGAGAAGAUUCCCUUUACCUUAAUCUGUGAUAACAUGGUGACUUCACUCAUAUCAUCAUUAUCUAAGAAGAAGGCUGUCAAAUCAUCUACGGCUCCUGUCAAGUUUAUUAUCGUUGGAGCAGACCGUGUAGUCAAAAAUGGUGAUUCUGCCAACAAGAUCGGUACAUUCCAAUUGGCAGCUAUUGCCAACUAUUUCAACCUGACAUCUUCAAAUGAGCAAGACAAGAUUAAAUUCAUUGUGGCUGCUCCAAAUACCACGGUCGAUCACAAUACGGCUACGGGAGAUGACAUAGUCAUCGAAGAGCGUCCACCACAUGAACUCACGACAUUGGAAGGUCCACUUGUCAGCAAGGAUGGAACAAUUGGUGAAAAGACAGUUGUUGGAAUUGCCACGCCUGGUAUCCUGGUGUGGAAUCCUGCCUUCGACGUGGCCCCACACGAGCUUAUAGAUGCCAUUGUCACGGAAGACUACCCAGUGCAUGAAAAACACAACGGUGAGUUUUCUCUUUAG